AUGGCAUUCAGUGCAACGCUGGGUUUGGGUUUGGCAUCGCCAACGGCAGGCUCGAUUUGCAUGAACAUUAACACCUUUUGGUUUUCAAUGGCGCUUGGAAGAGUAACCGGGCUCAAAUACCUCCCAAGAGAAAAAAGAAUCAAAUUCUCCACCACCACGACCAAAGACCAAGGGGAACAGAGCAGACCAACAUCAAGACUAGGCCAAGCGGAGGCAAAUUACAUCAACUAUCUCUCUCUUUUAAUUUUCAAUCAUUUUAAAUCACCAAAUCAACCAAUCGAUUUUAAUCAUUCUCUCCAAUCCAAACCAAACCAAACCAAAUUCAAAAUGUUUAAACCAACAACUAUCUUUGCUGUUUUUGCCAUUAUUCUCUGUGCUGCCGUAGUUGCCAAUGGUGCUAUUACCAGUGUUGUCCAAGAAGGAAAGAAACUUACAAUCAAUUAUUCACCAAUGACAAUGAUUUGGUUUGAUAAUCAACUUAUCAACGAUGGAGUAGUUACCAACAUCAAACCAUAUUGCAAGGCCAUGUAUGGAUGGUCACCAUUAGUUUGCAACUUGCCAUCCGUCCCAGAUUGUGAUACUAUUCGUCUCUAUGGUUCUGCUGGUAUCGGUGCUACUAAUCUUCAAAUGCUUUAUUCUUUUAACUGUACCGUCGUUGCUUAA